UCUAACGUACACCACAACAUAAUUUAGCGUCAUCUCUUCGUCUCUCAUUGGUGUCUUAGCUUUGAUAAACACGUAAACGUUGAUACAUUUCACCCAUAACCUCUCUCAAUGGCUGUAUCACUUCAAAUCAAGUACCCUCUAAGACCCAUCACCAACAACGUUCCAAGAACCCACCGUCCUUCACUGCUCCAUCUACGUGUCACAUGCUCUGCUUCUACCACCACCACCAAGCCUCAACCUAAGCUUGUGGUUGAUAAACGUUUUGUGAAUCCUCCUCCUCUUCCCAACGACCCGUCUCUCCAGUCAACAUGGACUCAUCGCUUAUGGGUUGCAGCUGGUUGCACUACAUUGUUUGCCUCUUUGGCUAAAUCCAUCGUUGGAGGGGUUGGUUCUCAUCUCUGGCUCGAACCAGCUCUAGCCGGCUAUGCAGGGUACAUCCUGGCUGAUCUAGGCUCUGGUGUGUACCACUGGGCCAUUGAUAACUACGGAGAUGAGUCAACACCUAUAGUAGGAACCCAAAUCGAAGCGUUUCAAGGUCACCACAAGUGGCCUUGGACAAUCACGAGAAGACAAUUUGCAAACAAUCUACACGCCCUGGCUCGAGUCAUAACCUUCACGGUGCUUCCACUAGACCUUGCGUUUAAUGACCCGGUGGUUCAUGGCUUUGUGAGCACAUUUGCGUUUUGCAUAAUGUUUAGCCAGCAGUUCCAUGCUUGGGCUCAUGGAACCAAGAGCAAGCUUCCACCUCUCGUGGUGGCGUUUCAAGACAUGGGACUGCUUGUUUCAAGGAGACAGCACGCGGAACAUCACCGAGCACCGUAUAACAACAAUUACUGCAUUGUGAGUGGGGUCUGGAACAAAGUUUUGGAUGAGAGUAAGGUCUUCGAGGCGUUAGAGAUGGUGUUGUAUAACAAGCUUGGGGUGAGACCGAGGUCAUGGAGCGAGCCAAACUCUGAGUGGACAGAAGAAAAAGACAUAUCCAACAACCAAGCAUAAUCAAGACUCUAGAAUUUGAGGUGUUUGACGACAAAUAUUCAUACAUGUACAAGAGAACUGAAGAUAAGUAGUACUGAUAUAAGUUCUUCUAUGUAAUUUUAUAAAUACCGAUAUUCAUUAAAUAAAAACUAUGAAUUACCUAA